AUGAAUACGUGCGAGACAAGUGAGCAACCAACAAGCUGUUGCCAACGGAGGUGCCAAAAUCCAUGGCGAAUGCUUGUGGCACCAAUUUGUGCCUUUCUGUUGCUGGUGGCAAUCGCGGUUUCAGUCGUGCUUGCAGUAGCACACAAUUCAGGAGGGGCAACUCCAACUCCUUCGCCGCCGCCACCAUUGCCGAGUGGCCCUUUGCGGGGACUAGCUUACGCACCGCUUCCAUGCAUCGCCGGCACCUGCAAAGAACAGCUGCCAAACAGCGACGUCAUGCAGAUUGGUUAUGAAAAGCAGUGGGGUAGUGGCGGUCGAAACGACCUCAACGUCAUCAAGAAGCUAGGUGGCAAUGCGAUUCGUCUCUACCACUCCUUUGGGUUUGGCCCGCGCAGUGAUCACGGCAGCUUCCUGGAUGCAGCGCAUGACAAUGGUUUGAGCGUCUUGCCCGGUGUUGAUUCAGACUUGGCUAUUCACAACUGCACAGACUUCGACUGCUACGAAACAGUCAAAGAGGUCAUCAAGACCGGCUUCUCCCUGGGCUUCGCGAAAGGGAAAGAUUGGCACCCUGCCAUUCACACCGUGAUCCUGUUCAAUGAGCCGGACUUUUUCGCCAACGACCCAAAGUGCCCUCAAAAGGCCUCGUGGUGUCGUGUAAAAGCAGCCAUCUCCGCACUGGACGGUUUGCUUGCGGCUGAGAGGGAGGCGAAUAUCUCAGGGCGCGUGAACUUGACGACCACUUGGUCCUUUGCUGCCCUUGACUCUAUUGAUGGAAAGUGCAAGAACUGUCCAGGCUACUUCGGCUUCCAGGACAUGCUUGCAGUGAUUGAGAAUGUAUCGAUUGCCCACUACAAACCCCGAACUCCAGCGAAGGAUUUGGCGGAUUCCUUCCACAGAAGGUGGGUUAACGCUCUGAAUGUGCAAGCUCCAUGGGGCUUUGUGAAGGAGACAAUCACAAAGAACUACGGCCCUUUUGGCAACAGGCCAUGGUUUAUCGGUGAGUUCGGAGACCUGGGCCAGACCCAUGACAUCCUCAAGAACGAUGUUCAGGCGAUGCAUGAGUUCGCAAGCGCCAACGACAGCCUGUUCAUGGGAGCCUCUAUUUUCCAGUUUCAGACGGCGUACUGGAAGGGAGGCUCAGAGAUGUCUUUUGGUUUGUUUGGCUUGGGCAAGGAGAAGAUUGCGGACACAGAGGACGUAUGCGACAACAAAGGCGACUGCUGCAAAUGGCCUGUCUAUUGCUUGAGCACCGAUUUGCACUGGCUUCCUGCAGAUCAGGCACAGCGUGCAGCCGCCGUUGCCGCGGCGUGGAAUGGCACUGUGACAGGCCUUUGCAGAAAUGCAACUCAAAUCAUCGUGUGA